UCACAUUAUAUCACACAAUGUUUAAUGUCUUCAAAUAUUUUCACAGGAAGUAUUCAUUUUCACCUCUGUAAUUUUUACACUUAGCAAAGUCAUCCCGCGGCCAGAUUGGACCCUCUGACGGGCUGGUUUUGGCCAGCGGGACUUAUGUUUGACACCCCUGAUGUAAGGGUUAAAAAAAAAAAAGGAAAAAAGAAAAAAAAGAGAAGUUCUCAAGGAGCAGGAAACUUUGGGGACUCGUGGCUUCUCCCUUCCGUUCCUGCGGAGCUCCAUGAGCCGGGGCGUGUGUGCAGCUGAGCUGCAGCGGGGAUCACCGCUCUGCUUCUGGGAUGCCGCGGAGUCAGACGAGCCUCAUGACGCAAUGGGUUUACUCAACGCAACCUCAGAGUGUGAAGGACGGGAUAAUACUUGCAGGGUCUCCCACGUAUCCUAUGACCAAAAAGGAAGGCUGAGGAGUCCGAAACUGACAUAUAAAACCUGACAGGCACACGAACCCUUUCCCGAGUUCAGGAGAAAUAAACAAACAAAAAAAAAAAAAAACAGAAAAAACUUCUCCGGACGCCAGGAACCGACACUUGCAAACUUUCCUGAUGGAACACACACUGUUGCUGUUUCUAUCGUGCGCUGUCAGUGCAGGGACGAGCACAUCAGUACCUAGAAAUGAAACAAUGAUCCUUGAGCCAUACAGGGAGAGCCGGAAAGCCUCUAACAAUCCGUCGUUUUCGCCUCUAUUGCAAGUUCUUACGACAACAGGCAAAGAAUGUAAGCUUCCAUUUCGUCAGGGUGGAAGGAUUCAUCAUCACUGCAUCACCGUCCUAUCCUCAAGACCGUGGUGCUCUCUCACACACAAUUUUGAUCGGGACAGACAGUGGAGCUUCUGUGCGCCCGAGAAAACCCAGCCAGAUGGUUUUGUCCACACGUCACGCAGAAUCACAGAUCUGUGUCAGAUGAAACCAUGUCAGAACGGAGGUGUUUGCACGCCGAUCCCACUCAGGCGUUCGUUUGAGUGCACCUGUCCUGAGGACUUUACUGGGAGAUUGUGUGAGCAAAAGAAGUGCUAUGAAACCGUACACCUGCGCUAUUAUGACAUUGGAGAGUCUUGGGGACGAAUUCAUCUCCGUAACGUGGAACAAUGCACAUGUGUGGCGGGGGAAACCAAGUGUGAGAGGGUUCGCUACACAAUGUGUCGUACAAACCCUUGUCAGAAUGAUGGAACGUGUCGAAUGAUCACAUCCACUGGCAGAGAAGUGUGUAACUGCAGACGUGGCUACACCGGACCUUACUGUAGCUUUGAGGCAGAGGCAGAGUGCUACAACAGCAGAGGCACAGAUUACAGAGGGGUGGUGGACACCACAAUGUCCGGCGCCCAGUGCCUGCCGUGGAACUCAGACCUACUGUUUGACGAGCUCCAUGUGGGCACAGUGGUUGCAUCAACCUUCAAGGGCCUUGGCGAGCAUGCCUACUGCAGAAACCCAGAUGGGGACAAAAGGCCGUGGUGCUACACACUAAAUGACAGCGCCAUCUCCUGGGAGUACUGUGACAUCCCUUCAUGUAUAAUGCCUGUGUGGGGAAAUCAGCCAGGGGCAAAAUCAAAGAUAUUCAGAAGAGCUUCUUCUCGAAGGAUUAACUCACUGUUGACCACCAUUAAAAAACCCAACUCCUCCAAGUCAGCAAAAAAUCCUGUGUGUGGGACAAAGCACAAGAAGAGGUUAUCAAUAGCCAGGGGGCGGAUUCUGGGUGGACACUCGGCCCUGCCUGGUUCUCAUCCAUGGAUGGCAGCCAUUUAUAUUGGCCAGUCAGACUUCUGUGCUGGCAGUCUGAUCUCCUCCUGCUGGGUCAUCUCUGCAGCACACUGCUUCUUUCGCAACCCCCUGAGGUCUCAAAUUCGCGUGGUGCUUGGCCAGCAGAAUUUUAACGUCACUGGUCCCAACACCAGGACGUUUGGAGUGGAGGAGUACAUCUUUCCAAAACAGUUCUCAGUGUUUAAUCCAACCCUACAUGACAUUGUUCUCGUGAAGCUGAAGAAGCAGGACGGGCGGUGUGUGAAGAGAACCCCGUUCAUCAGGCCCAUCUGUCUACCAGACAAAAGCACAAUGUUCCCUGAUAACUACUGCUGUGCUAUUAGCGGCUGGGGACAUAUGCAUGAGAAAGCAAAGGGGUACUCGAGUCUGCAGGAGGGGGGAGUGAGGUUGAUUCCUCACGACGUUUGUAAGAAACCAGAGGUCUACGGCAACCACGUCACUGCCGACAUGAUUUGCGCAGGACUAAAUGGCUGUGUUGAUGCAUGCCAGGGUGACUCUGGCGGCCCUCUGGCUUGUGCAAGGAAUGAUGUCAGCUUCCUGUAUGGGAUCAUCAGCUGGGGAGAGGGCUGCGGCCACUCUAGAAAACCUGGAGUUUACACUAAAGUUGUAAAUUAUAUAGACUGGAUCAAUUCAGUGAUCAAACGCAAACCUAAGGCUUCAUAAAUGGACAAAACCUGAACAUUAGCUUUACAAUGUGAGUGUUUUCUUUGUGUUGUUAUUGUAAUGCUCUUAGAAGUUUAUAUGCUAUGUUUUGUAACUGUGAAAUAUUUUGAGACUGAAUAAACCUUUACUGACUUGAUAAAACUUUUGGCAUCUUGAGAUCAGGGAAAGAACACUGCUUAUGACAGUUAUACAUAUUUGACAAAACACUCAGCUCAAGGCCCACUUACCAGCCUUUCAGGAGCACUGAGUUAUGGU